AUGGGUGAUCGCAAAGCAUUCUGGGCCGACGGCCCCUUCCCCUUGAUUCCCACACCCGCGCAGCAGCCCGCAGAAGGACAACAGUCGGACGUCUUCGUCGAUACGGCGUCGGAAAUGGCCUGCGUCCACAACACCAUCAUCAGGGGCCUCAACGCCGUCUACAACCAAGCGCCUCACGUGCAUCCGCAGGACAAGAAGUCCUUCCUCCACUUCGCGCAGACCAUGCUCGUCUACACGGACGUCCACUACCGCGGCGAGGAGACCAUGUUCUUCCCGGCCGUCGAGGCCAUGGCCGGGGAGGAGGACAUCAUGGCGGCCAACGUCGAGCAGCACGAGGCCUUCCACGACGGCCUGCAUGCUAUGGAGGCAUACCUGGAGGCCUGCCUGAACGAUGUCGAUACGUAUGACGGCGACAAAGUUGUGACCUUGAUCGAUGGCUUUGGGAACACCCUGUGCGAGCACCUCGCCGACGAGAUCCCACGUUGA